AACACAUACAUCCAUGAGUGAAGCAGCAUUAUCAAGAAUAGCCAACUUGAUCAGCUUGGAGGAUGAUUUGGUGAAGAUCGAUUCCUUGCGACAACAAUUUGUUAAGGAGAAAUCUUCAAUUGAUAUCAAAUUGAACUCAGCCACCCAGUCACAAAUAGAUUCCAUUACCUCCAACUUAAACAAGCUAAACAAAUCGAGCAUCAAGUUGAAUAAUAUCAAAGCCGAGAUCAAGAAAAUCAACUCUCUCUACGAUGAGUCUAUAACAAACUUAUCGGAGUACGAUAUUAUAGAAAAGAUGACUAAAGUAAACCAGUUUUUCACCCAGGUUAGGAAUUUGUACUCCGAUAUAUCCCAUUUCAAGAGAAACUUGGACAAUAUCAAUGAUUUGAUAGAUGCUGAAUACGAGGUCAUCACCGAAGACAUUACGUAUCCGUUGAAUUACAUCUUCAAAAUUCACUAUAACUUAACUCAAGCAAGAAACUUGCAAGACUAUCUUGAAGUCGAAUCGUCUGGUUUAUCAGACGAUUUGAAAUCAAUUAUAUUCAAGAUCAUACAGCCCAUCAAAAAGACAAUCAAAAAAUUUGACGAUUUACUUGCCGAAGUAAUUAUCAGUGUUACAGAAGCAGUUAAGGAGGGAAAUAACGAACUUGUGUUCAAGUUGAUACAGAUCAUAGAGUUUGAGUCCACUGAAGAUUUGAAUCUUAUUUUGAAAAAUAACUUGGAUCUAAAUUCGAAUAUUUUGAAUAUCAACUAUGGCAAAGUCAGAUUACAAAAGCGGAACUACAAGAAGUUCUUCUAUGACAAGUUGGAGGACAGUCUCAUUGAGACUUUCGACAAGUGUAUAGAGCAUUUCAGUGCUGAUAAGAUGCUUGUGUACGAUAAUCUUAAUUGGUUGGAAGACGAGUUGGUGUUUGUGAACGAUACUUUGUCACAAGUGUUUCCGAAGAGCUGGGAACUUGAUAACUUCAUGCAAAAUGUCUAUUAUAAUAAGCUUCACAACUUCACCAUGGAUAUCAUUAAAACUGAUCCUCCGGCAGAGGACUUGUUAAGAAUCUUGGCAUAUGACAACCAUUACAACAAAUUUUUGAAUAAAAGAAAAUCCGUCAUCAAGCCACAACAGAAAUCUAUUAUUGGUGAAGAUUUGAAGAAUGUCGUGUUGGAUGAUUACUUGAAGGUUAUCGUUAGUAAAAUGGAAGAAUGGAACCUCAACUUAAUGCAGCUGGAGACAAAAACCUUCAAAGAAAGGGCACAGCCUCCAGAUCUUUAUAACUAUCAUCAAGUUAUUGAAGAUGAAGAUGCUAAUGAUGAGCCAGUCGUUUUGGAUAUUGAGAGUUCUGUUUAUGUAUUGCCUGAUUUCAAGACUCCUUUGACAAUGUUGAAGGAACAGGCCGAUGUUGCAGCAGAAUCUGGUUAUGGAAAGAUCCUAGUUGGAGUCAUAGAGCACUGGUCUAAAUGCUAUCUUCAAAGAAUCAUGAACUAUCAAGCGAUCAUUGACGAAGAAUACGACAACUAUAUGUCGAUUUACAAUAAUGAGAGGUUCUUAAUCAAAGAAAGCAAAGCAUCCAGGAUAUUCAGAGGCACCAAAAAACGGCCAGUGGUGAACCUUGAUGAGAUGAGUCAGGAAGAAUUGUCUAAUAUCUCCAAGGAAGGUUUGCUAGAGUAUUUGGCAGCAUUGGGGAACACAUUUGAAAUCAAUACUGACCGGUUACAAGACAGAUUUUUACCUAUUUACAAAGACAAGGUACACACAACUUAUCAGUCGAGUAUUGAACAAAGCUUCAGUGAUACUAUGGAUCCAAGUACAAACUUACAUGUUCAAGUCAUUCGUACAAUUGUUGAAAUUAUUGUCAAUGAUUUAUAUCCCGCAUUGUCAAUCGUUUUCACCAAGAAAUGGUAUGAAGGUGGCAAUAACAACCAUCUUGUAGAAGAUGAAUCCAUGGCCCUGAGAAUAGUGGAGACCAUUGGUGAAUAUAUGGAAGAAUUAAGAGGGUAUACUACCUAUGACAUUUAUCUGCUCACCUUCACUAUCCUCCUCGACACAUUCAUUGCAGCAUAUAUAAGAAUCGGAUACGAGAACAUUUUGCACGGUGAAGGUAAGAAGAUUGAUCCAUCAGCCGUGAAAAAGUUCAAAUCUUUCAGUGAAGGUGUUGGAAGGGAUGUGAUGGCAUUCUACGGUGGACUUGAGCAUUUAUUCACCAGAAAGGAUGCAAGAUACUUGUUGACAAGUUUGAGAGCUAUAGAAUUCUUGGGUGAUUUGGGAACAUGUGACAAUCCAAUGGAGUUCAUUCCCCAGAUGUGGGAAAAUGAAAUCUUGGGUUCAUUCUACAAUUGUUCAGUUGAGUAUGUGAGAGGAAUUUGUCAAUGUCGUAAGGAUAUGGAUAAAAAUGAAAUCAACUUGUUGGUGAACCAGCUUGUUAAGACACAAAAGAGCUAUCACGACCAAGUGGAGCCUCCAGCAUCUACCCAAGUGGUGCGUACUUUAGAUGAUUUUCGGUAUUCAUGAUAUGGUACAGUAAUAUACACAAAUGGUAUCUCUGGCUUCGUCUGAUGACGAGUGAUGAAAAAUGCUAUCUCUAUUCUUCUUCCGAAGAAGAAUACUCAACAAGGGAGGAAGAGGCGGUCGGUUUGAUUACCUUCUUCACGAGCUCUACCUUUUUCUUCUUGAGUAAAAGUGGCUGCUGUUGAGGAAGUGCUCUUUUAGUUGUGUCAGUUUUGAACUUACUGAAUGCUUCCAGAACUAGCUUAUCUUCGGAUAUCUGUUUUGGUUCUGUCUCCUUUGGCACUUCUGACGGCGUGCUUUUCAAUUUGGCUUCUUUUUCAAGUAAUUUUGAUUGUUUUGCCUGUAAAUACUCUAAUUGUUCGUUAAUUUCAUAUUGCCUCUGCUGUUCUUGUAACUUUUCGCCUAAAUUUUCAGUUAAAUCACCGGCACCCUUUUUCAAGUUGUUCUCUUUCCAGAAAGGAUUCUUCUUUCGUUGUUCUCUGGACUCCUGGAACUUUUUGUUUUCUUGAUCUUCUUUUAAGAGUCUCUCUAGAAUCUCAUCUUGUGUUUCCUGGACUGGCACCACCACCUUAUUUUUGGGUUCAAAAUUACGCUUGGCUCCGGUUUCCAAUACAAAACCUGAACUUUGGGGGUGCGUUUUGAAACUGAUUUCGUUGUUGCAAAUGGGACAUCUUAAAUAGAAUCUAAAUAUCUUUAUGCCCAAAUACUUCUCCUUUGUGUCUUCUUUCCUCGCAUUAAAUUUUCGUGAACUUGAGAUGUAUUCGUCACACUUGAGGCAUCUCAUGGAGAAAGGAGCCAGGAGUCGUACCUUUAUGGCUAUGUCCUUGUUUUUCUUCGCCUUGGGGACUUUGGAAGGAUCAUAGUCGGGAGGAUAGUAUUUGUUUAUAGCCUUUCUCUCAGACAUAGAGUUUACAGAUAAUGC